CCUCAAACACACCCCUCCGAAGAACGAAAAGGAUAAAUGCUGGCAGAGACACCCUCGGUUCUCAAGACCGAACAGCACUCCCCCGGCCUCGGGACCGGCUCGCUCCCCACCAUCGACGCCCCGAAACUGCGGGCUGCGUGCGAGAACUGCCGCCAGUCCAAGGUGAAAUGCAACCUGUCUGGCUCCGCGGGGGGUAGCGAGGCCCCGUCGUCGCAGUCGUCGUCGUCGUCGGCGGCGGCGUGCAUUCGAUGUCUUCGACACGGGUUGACCUGUCGGUAUCGCGUCGCCAACCGGUCUGGGAAGCCCAAGGGGAGCAAGAACCGGGCUACCUUACGGAAACUGGGGCAGCUGCAGCUCCAGCAGCAUCAGCAACCGCGGGAGGAACAACGGCAGCCGGUGGUUACUGGGGAAGGAAGAAGCAGUGGUGGGAACCCGAAUCCUGGGUGGAGCUAUAUCGAGUCGUUUGUGCCGAGCCAGGCGCCGUCGGUGCAUGGGAUGGUGAAAGAAGCAAGUCCUCAGGAUACCCGUCAACCCAGCCAUUCCGACAGUCCUGAUAGCCAAGGGGUGAGCAUGACGGAUGGGUCUGCAUUAAUGGAAGACACCCCCACCUCUACGCAGCACAUCCGCUAUCCUCAGCGACAUCCGCCGGGCUUGGGUGGUGGCCUGCCGCCGGGAUGUUAUGUGCCACCAUCACCACCACCACCACCGCCGCCGCCGCUAUCCAUGUUCGACCCCACCACGACCACGGCUACGUCGUCCAUGUCGCCGACCUUCCUGCAGAAAGAGUUCAUCACCAAGGGGCUGACCAGUUGUCCGCUGGCGGUGCACAUGCAACCGACCUGCGACUGCGGUGACGCGUUGAUGUUCCACAUGAACCGCCUCCGCUCGGUGACGACGAUGGUGCACCAUCCGAGGUUCGAUCUGGUCCUCCAAGCCAUCGCGACGGGGCUGGCGACGUGCCGCGGCUUCCUGCAGUGUCCCGGCUGUGCCAAAGACGGGACGCAUCUGCUGUACGCGGCCUCGAUAGUGGAUUUUACUGUUCAAUUACUCGAAUAUGCCAUUCCCUACGAGCUGUCACUGGCGAGCGCCGCCGCCGCCGUCGCCACAACGUCCGCAGCGCCAGCGACGACGUCUACGACCCCCACCCCGUCGACGACCACCGACCCCAGCGUGCUGGUGGGCUACGGCGAGUACGAGAUUGCUACGGACGAGACGCGACGCAUCCGCCGGUUCCUCCUCCGCGGGCGACUGCUGCAGUGCCGGGAGGUGGUGAGUCUCCUGCAGGAGACGGUGGAGGUGAGUCGGCAGGAGCUGCUGCUCAGCCGCGGCAGCCCGGCGGGGGGACCGACGGAGCUGACGGCGGCCUUUGAGAACGGGGAUCUGAUCCUGCAGAUCCUGGCGGGACACGAUGCGACGGUGGAGGCGUUUCUGCAGGCGCUGUCGGGGGAGGGGUGUAUGUGUUUUGGAUGCUGUUGAGCGUCGGAG